AUGAAUCAUUCAUAUUCCACGUCCGUGCACCAGUGCGGACAUUCUCAAUAUGCCGGCAACAGAGGCGCUGCUCGACUGGCAGCUCAGGCCGACAUUGCUUCUUGGAGAGAUGCUGCAUCCCUGGUGCAGGAUCUGACGCAGCACCUGAUGGCGACUCGGCCGAUCUCCACCCAACCCUCCACCCCCCACCUACCUCCCCCAAACACACUACUUCAUCAGACGGGUGUUCCCUGUCUCAGCCGAUCUCCACCCACCCAUCCACCCCCAACCCACCUCUCCCCUCCCCCAAACACACUACUUCAUCAGACGGGUGUUCCCUGUCUCAGCCGAUCUCCACCCACCCCUCCACCCCCCACCCACCUCUCCCCUCCCCCAAACACACUACUUCAUCAGACGGGUGUUCACUGUCUCAGCCGAUCUCCACCAACCCCUCCACCCCCCACCCACCUCUCCCCUCCCCCAAACACACUACUUCAUCAGACGGGUGUUCCCUGUCUCAGCCGAUCUCCACCAACCCCUCCACCCCCCACCCACCUCUCCCCUCCCCCAAACACACUACUUCAUCAGACGGGUGUUCCCUGUCUCAGCCGAUCUCCACCCACCCCUCCACCCCCCACCCACCUCUCCCCUCCCCCAAACACACGACUUCAUCAGACGGGUGUUCCCUGUCUCAUCCGAUCUCCACCCACCCAUCCACCCCCCCACCCACCUCUCCCCUCCCCCAAACACACUACUUCAUCAGACGGGUGUUCACUGUCUCACCCGAUCUCCACCAACCCCUCCACCCCCCACCCACCUCUCCCCUCCCCCAAACACACGAUGUCAUCAGACGGGUGUUGCCUGUUUCUGCCGAUCUCCCUCCACCCCUCCACCCACCCACCCCCUCCCCCAAACACACUACUUCAUCAGACGGGUGUUCACUGUCUCACCCGAUCUCCACCAACCCCUGCACCCAUCCACCCACCUCUCCCCUCCCCCAAACACACGACGUCAUCAGACGGGUGUUGCCUGUUUCUCCCGAUCUCCCUCCACCCCUCCACCCACCUCUCCCCUCCCCCAAAAACACUACUUCAUCAGGCGGGUGUUCACUGUCUCAGACGCUUACCUCAACACUCCACCUCACCAUUAAUAUUUAACUGCAAGUCGGAACACCAGACAUAUCCCGCCUGCAACGUGAUAAAACGAGACUCUGGGUGA